AUGGCUGAGAUGGUCAAGUCGGUCAUUGUUGGGGAAGCAGUUAGCCGGAUUAUUUCGGGUAUUGCCCCCACCAGCAAAGACGAGGACAAAGCAGAUGAAGAAGCAUCAGGACGCGGCCUAGAGAGGCUGGAGAUGGCGCGCAUCAAAAUGGAGGCCGCACUCCAAACGUCCAACAAGUGGCAGAUCACCGACACGUCGCUCCUCCGUUGGCAAAAGAAGCUCAAGCGCACUGCCCAGGACUGUGACGACGUAGCGCGCAGAUGCAGGCAACUUUCUCGGGAAGAAGACGAGGCGGAGCAGGUGGUAAGGAAAUCCUCAUUUCCUAGACGGAUGGCUCAUGCGACCAAGGUGUUCGUCUCCUCUUUCGUUGGCGGCGGCAAUGAUCAUCGCUCUGCGGGGAGUGUCACCGCCGCUGUUGUUCGAAGAUUCGAGAGGCUUGCGGACGGUGCUGAUGAAUUUAUCAGGUAUGUGCAGAUCGGCGGGACACCACGUCAGAACCUGUUCUUCGACCCUCUCACUGGGCAUCUCUUCACGGGCAAAAUGAUUGCGUAUCAGUUGUUGCGUCCUGGAGGUCAGUACCACUACUUCCGCAUACGGCCAAUCAAUUUCCAAGAGCGUGGGCUGGAGGCCUUUCUAUCCUUCAUGUACGAAGAUUGUAAGGUGCCCAAGAACAGUUUUUGCCUUGGGGUCAUGCUGCGUCUGUCUGAGAGUACAGACAUAAUCGGAACCGUUCUGAAGUGCUUGCGAGUUAUGACACCUCACUUCAACUCUAUGACCGACAUUGUUAUCAAGGAGAUCAUCCAUCUCCCUACGCAAGAUUUCUCCUAUGUUGCACACAAGAAACACUGGGUUCACGUCCACAGAACUUUGACUGAAUGGUUUCGUCCAGAUCCAUUAUGUUGUCAAGGAUUCGAGCACGAUGUUGUGCGUUCUUGCCAUAGUGGCAGCGACAGCAGCAAUGGAAGCAGAAAUAAAUUGAAGUUUUCAAGCAUAUUUCCCGAACCAGUCUGCCAUGUGUUUUUCCAGUGUCACACCUCACUAUCUGAGUACAAAAACCUUCCAGGAUCAGCCGUAUUUGCUGGUCAUGAUGAAAGUUCAUCUUUGGAGAAUUCCCAACCAUUGAAGAUUGGAAUACUACUCAUGCCUCAUGCUUCUUUGGAGGACCCUAAGUCUGUUGGUUCCACAAUAGAAGUGAUAGAUACAACGAAUCGACACCACCUCACACAUGUAAAUGUUCAUCUGGACCAACUCGACGAGAUGAUGAUGCCUAAGGCGAUAGACUAUCUUCAUCUUAAUGCCGAGGCUAUGUCGUACCAGUGGACUGACUACCACAACUUUGUCGCCACCAUGGUGUCAUGUGGAGAUGGGUCUGAUUCUUCUGAAGGGUUCGGCGGCAAUUCGUUUUGUUCCUGGAACUUCAUCAUGUCUAGUAGAAUUAGGAAGCAUGAAUCUGGCGCUGCAAAGCGUAAGAAGAAACAAAGACUCGAAGUUGAGGCUCAAUCUCUAACAGGUUCCCUUGAUAGAUAUUUGGUGAAAGACCCCCGACAUAAUUCUGAAAAUCAAACUGCAGAUGUUAAUGUUGAUGAUGGUUGUGAUGAUAAUGUAACCGAGGUUGAGGCUCAUGAUGCAGAAAUUGAUGAUGGCAAUAUUGCCAGUGAAGGGGGUGAUGGUAAUAUUGCCGAUGGAGGUGAUGAUGUGUUCUUUUGA